AUGCCUAAAUCUAAAAAACUGCAAAAGCAAAUCGAAAAUAAAUUAGAAAAAUUAAACUCCGAUGCUCUUUAUAAUUUGGUAGAAAACUGUAAGGAAAUCCUAACUCUUUUAGAAGACCAACUAAUUAAAGGCAAAUUGGAUGAAUUGGGUCAGCCUUUUUAUGAAGAUGCCCGAGCCGCCAAAGCCGGAAUUAACAAGCGAAUAACUCCUCACACCUUUAGAAGAAGUUUUGCCACCCUUUUAUACCGCAAUGGAGCCCAAUUAUUAACUAUCCAACAAUUACUAGGCCAUUCCAGUGUCCAAACUACCGAGCAAUAUAUUCAGAACGAUUUUGAAUAUGUUUAUGCGGAUUAUAAAUUAGCCCAGCGAAUAAAAAAUAAAAGAAUUAGACUCACUCAGCGACUAGAAGGUCAAUGUAUCGGUGGCUUGUUAUCUUGGGACGAAGAGGAUAAAUAUUGGCUAAAUCUAGUCGAGUUAGAUGAUACAUUUAAAAAUUUGAGAGCUCAUUGA